CCCAGAGGAUAAAUCCUAUCGCGAUAUCGCCCCCCACUAUGUCUACUCGACUACUCCGACUCCGCGUCUCCCUCCGACGGUCCGGCCCUCCUUCCGCGCCACUGCACUCGGCCUCUUUGUUCACCGUCGUCGCAGCGCUAAGGUCUCCGCUCCACCUCGCUCUCUGAUGCUUCGCAUCUCCGUCCCUCCGCGCCGUUGCGCUCGCUCCGCCUCUUCCUCCCUCGCGGUUGUGCGACUGCGUGACUGCGUCCUUUCUCAGGUCUCUGCUCCGCCUUUCUCUUUGGCGCUUCGCAUCUCCAUCCUCUCUCAAUCUCUCUGCGCGACUGCGCUACGCCGGCGAUGCUGCCGCAACCUCUCUGUCACUCUCCUACGUCUACAUGGCACUGCAAGAUUCAAAAGAAGGAAAUUACAAGUGCCGGAGAAAAAAUUGAUGCAAAAACGUGAAGAAAAAGUCUUGAAAAAAAAUUGAAGAUGGAGACAGCUUGUUUAGCAUACAAGAAAGGCUUAGCGCGUCGUCUCACUUAGUAGUCAGAUCAAGCUUAGCGUGAAGAAGAUUCAUGAAGAAGCCCAAAGGCGCGUUUAGUGUGAAUCUCGCGCUAAGUGCGUGCUUGCUACCAUACUCGCUAAGCCCAGAUGCCGUCGCACUUAGUGCGUGAUCACCGCCAUACCUGCUAAGCCCAGAAGGGCGCUCUUAGCGUGAGAUCGUGUGAAUUUUAAGCUACCUUAAGCAAAAGGAGAAAGACACACCGAAACUUAGAACUCUCUCUUGAAUACACCCAAAGCCUGAACAUCUCUAAUAGGGGAAACCCUCCUUCUAUAACCAUUCUCUCCUUCUCUUUCUUUAUUCAUCCCUUUUCUUCUUUUACCUCCAUCAACCCUUAAAGUGUAAAGUCUCUCAUGGUAGAGGCUAAACCCCUCAUUGUUGAGAGCCUGAUAGACCAAACUCUUGUAAUGUAACUCUUCCUUACUAUUUAUUUAAUGCAAUUUCAGUUCUAUUGUUCUUUUA